UUUUUUUUUUUCUCUUAUUCAAAAAAAAAAAAAAAAAAAAAAAAGAGCGGUUUUAUUUUUCUCUCCUUCUCUCUUUCACAAGUUUUACAUUCUAAUGGGUAAUGCCAAUUCGUCGAGUUCAGUACAUUCAGUACCCACUACGGGAAAAUGUCAUCAUCACAAGGCAAGAUCGUUACGGUCGGCCACAACAAACACAAGUAAAGGUCUCCGAAGGUUUGGAUCAGCAGCUACACUCGCUAAAAUCUAUCAACAUCAUAGCGUAUCUUCUGUCAAUGUUCCUUCGAAAGCCAUCGCCUGGAGAAAUCAACACGGCGAAAGGAUAUUGGAUAUCGGGAAACCCACCAAAUUCGAGCAUGGCAUUCAUGUCGAAUUUGAUGAUGAUAGUGGCAAAUAUAUGGGCUUACCUGAUGUCUGGCAAGGCAAUUUCCCAAGUGAUGAUAUCCUCGAUACAACCUACAUUCACCCUAUUCUAGUCCCCACCUCUGAAUCAGCUCCUUCUUCUAUAGGUCUUCCAUACAAUAUCCAGCACAAUAUACAUGUCGAAUUAGAUGGCGAUGGUGUGGGUUUUAAAGGCUUACCACAAGAGUGGAAGGACAAGAUCAGUACCUCGCUACAAAAGAGGCGGACCAUGAAAAUUGUCGAAAGCCCUGAUUCUCUCUUUCACUCCGAUCCACCUUCACCACCCAGAACAAAGCGUGAAUCAAGGCAAUUACAUCUAUCCACAAGUCGAAAUUCUUCUUUAAAAGGCAAUGUCUUGAAAGCAGUACAGAUCAUUCAAGAAGGUGAAAAAGAAAACACCUGUUCAAACACAUCCAUUGAGGAUAUUGCAGAUAACCCAUCAACAGAUCCUUAUACCAUUUACAAUUCUUUUAUCUUGAUUGCUGAAGGUGAAUCGGGUCCAUUAUAUGCUGCUAAACAUAUCGGCACCAACAAAGUGGUCGCCAUUAAGAAAAUACAUAAAACAGCAUCGGUCAAAAUCAGUAAAAUUAGAAACGAGUUAAUCACCAUGAAGAUGAGUAGACAUCCUAACGUGGUAGAAUAUAUUACCAGUUAUGUCACCAACGAUGAAAUCUGGGUGGUAAUGGAGUUUAUGGAUAUGGCAUUGUCAGAUAUUUUAUCACUAGAGCCAUAUGAGGAAGGAUCCUGCAUAUCUAUCAGUGAGAGCCUAAUUGCACGUGUUGCCAGAGAUAUCCUGCGUGCUUUAACUCGCAUCCAUCGUCUUAACCGAAUUCACCGUGACAUUCGCAGUGAUAAUAUCUUGUUGAAUUUACGAGGUGAUGUCAAACUGACCGAUUUUAGUCAGUGCGCACAACUCACACAGUCGCAACCAAAAAGAAACUCGAUUGUCGGCACACCUUAUUGGAUGGCACCAGAAUUAAUCAAGGGCAAAGAUUACGAUACCAAGAUUGAUAUUUGGAGUUUAGGUGUUCUUAUUUACGAAAUGGCCCAGAAUAACCCACCUUAUAUUGAGCAUCCACCACUCAAGGCUUUAUAUUUAAUUGCACUUCAUGGUCUACCUCCGUUAAGCAGUGAGGGAUGGUCUGAUCAUUUUAAAGAUUUUUUGGCCCAAUGUACCACCAUGGAUCCUUUAAAACGACCGGACGCGAGUAGUUUAUUAAAACAUCCUUUUAUCACCACUUCAGUAGGAACAGCAGAAGACAUGAUUGCACUUGUAGAGAAAGCAAGAGAAAUUGAAAGCAUGCAGCAGUUAGCUGAUGAUGAAGACGUGAUUGAAAAGGAUCUUGCCAUUUAAAAAAAAAUAUUUUUAUAAUAAAACGUUUAUUUUAUUUUUAU